GCCCCUUUCAAAAAGCCUUAUCAAACUUUUCAAAACUUUCUACUUCUAUCUCUCCAUUCUUCUUCUUCUUCUUCAUCUUUAUUUCUUUCUAACAUUACUUGCCAGUAGAAGAAGCAUCUGAUUUUUUCCAAAAUAUUCCAUAUGUUCUCUGCUCUUUCUGAACUCUUUCAGAAUUGUCUAUAGUGUUUUCAAGAAUGAUCAGUUUCUUCAGAAGGAAAGUACCUAUUAUUCUACUCUUCUGGAUGGCUAUUAUAUUAAUCUAUAUUUUUGGUCAUUGCCAUGGUUCAAGAAGCAGCUCACAAGUAUUCAAUCAAAUAAAUAACCCAAAAAACUCUUACCAUCAUGGUCAUUUUUGGAACUUAUUGCCUAAAAGAAUCCCAAUUCCAGCUUCAGGUCCAUCAAGAAAACACAAUGAUAUUGGUUUAAAGAGUACUUGGAGAUUACCCUGAAGAAUAUGAAGAUUAUUGAAGAAUUUAAAUACUGGGACUUUUUUUUGUUUUUUUUUUUAAUCAUGGGAGGGUACUACUAAUUUUAUUAUCAAGGUGACACAUGCAUCUUCUUCUUAAUUUCUUGGAUGAACACUUGUACAUUUUGGGUAAAUUCAAGAACAUUUUGUUUUCUUUGAUGAUUUAACACUAGGGCUUGUGUUAGGUUGAUUUAGCUCUAUGGUUUUCUUUUGGUCAUGGUGAUUAGAAGGGGAACUAAUGAAAAGAGGAAAAAGAAUUAAGAACAAUUUUUUUUUUUGUUUUGUGGAUCAAAAUAUAAUUGAUCAUCACUAGCAUGGAGGAGGGGUAGUGGGGUGGGCAGGUUGAUUUUGCUCUUAAUUAUUAUGCUUUGAAAAGCUGUGUAUGUAAUUCUGUAUACAUAGAAGAGAUCAUGAAAAUACAAGAAGAGUUGACUUUAUUUUUGUAGAAAA